AUGGGAUGCAGCGGGGAAGGCGACGUGGUCCCGGUCCGCGGACCGGGAGGGACCCGAUUGGACACCACUAUCCGCUCGCCCAACUCCAGGGCCGAAUGGACCGACGCCGACUUGGAGGCAUGCAACAUCAAGCUCACCUUCCCCUGGGACGCUCAAACAUUCUUCGGUGAGACGGCCUUACCUGCUCCUUCUGUCGGCCCAGAGUUCCUCACCGCCCUCACCGCCGACGAUGCACUCACCGACAGCGCAUACACCCUCCUCGCCCAACUCGAUCUCGCAAUGAUGCCAACACCCCCUCUCUCCGAGCCUGAGGAAUAUUCUGACGACUCAGCAAUCGUUGACUUCGCCGUGGCGCUCUUCCACUCCUUAGGCUACAUUCACCGCCCGAGAGCGAUUCGCACGCGCAAAGCGCUCCGGUUGCUCGUAUCAGGGGAGUGGAAGUACGCGAGACCGGACGUGUGCAUCGUCGAUCGAGAUACGAACGAUGUUGUACUCGCUGUGAAAGAGGAUAGGCGUGAGGUAAACUCACAUGCGCAGCUCAUUGCGCAGGCCAUAGCCGCCUUCCAGAAUAACAACGCGCGAAGGCGUGCGGGAGCAAGGUUCGUCAACCCCGGUAUACUCCUACACGGCACAUCCCCCACUUUCUUCAAAAUCCCAAUUACCCUGGCACUGAGCCGAUGCGUCGAGCUCGGCCAACACCCACCCACCAGCGCUCCCACUAUCGUAACGGCACACGUCCCUGACGUCCCCCGCCCACAUCGCAGGUUCAGCGAAGGCAUGAAGCCCCUGGAUAGUCGACGGGUUAUCCUCGAGUGCUACGAUGCGUUCAAGAAAUAUGUUACUUGA